AUGACUACUUUCGAUGAAAAAUUGCGGAGAAGCACCGGCCCUGACAGUGGUGGUCUUUUUGGCGUUGUCACUGCCGUCGCCGAUCGUCAGGGUCGCAUCCUCCAGAGCAGCGCUGGCGGUAGGGUCAAGUGGACUCAGGACUCGCACCCACCAAACCUUGACACAACCUAUUGGGCAUACUCGUUUACCAAGCUCCUGACCACCAUAGCCGCAUUGCAAUGUGUUGAGCGUGGUCAGAUUGGUCUCGACGAUCCAGUUGGCCCCAUCUUGCCCGAGUUAGAUGAACCUCGAAUCAUUCACUCCUCCGACUCUAAAGCAGGCCAUGACAAGAGCUUUCAGGUCGUCCCUGCCAAGGGUCACAUAACUUUGAGACACCUAUUGACGCACACGAGCGGUAUCGGUUACGACGCUAUGAACCCAAUCUUGACAAAAUGGCGAGAGUCCAGAGGAGAGGGCAUCAUGGCCAUGUGUGGAGACGUUGUCAAGGCGUACUCGAUGCCUCUGUUAUUCGAGCCGGGGGAGUCAUGGUCAUACGGCGGUGGCCUUGACUGGGCUGGCCAACUCGUAGAGCGCCUCUCGGGCUGUGACCGCCUUGGAAUUUAUAUGGAAAAGAAUAUCUUCAGCAAGCUCAAAAUGCCCAACACGACUUUCUGCGUUGCUGACAACCCCGACAUCGACGCGAAACUGAUGGACAUGUCAGCUAGGACACCCGCAGGGGACUUGGUCCCGUCACCCGAGAUGUAUCCACGUAAUGCAGAGACCGACAGUGGUGGCAUGGGCAUUGUGACUAGUGUGGGCGAUUUUAUGAAAGUAUUGGUAGACUUGAUCAGCGAACAGCCCCAACUUCUACGACCCGAGACCAGAGACCGUAUGUUUGAACCUCAAUUUGCUACCAAGAGCAAACAUUCCACCGCAAUGAUGGCCAUGCCCGUAAGUUAUCUACUUUUUCUUAGCCAAGUCCUCAAAUUUUGA